AUGGAAUCCUGGAAAAGGAUCCAGCAAAGAAGCAAGGCCGCCUUGCUCUCGAAGAUCUUUUUCUGCUUCGCUACAACGGCUUUGGGAUACCGAAAGGCUUCGUCUCGAGGCUACUCUGAAGUUUCCAACGCUUUGGCUGCUGGGGAAGUUGCUGUCGCUGAACCAGAACCAAAGUUUCAGUCUUUCACGGGUUCGGGAAGACGUUUGGAUGGGUUGGAGCUGGAAAAAUUAGAAAGCAAGAAGAAGAGGCUGAGAAGAAAGACAAGGAGAUCUAAGAAUAUUCAUUCAAGGUUCCAGAGCGGCUGCAAUGGAGGAGAUGUGCGUGGAGAUGGUGGAUUCAUUGAAGACGUAAAGUUAGAGAAAAUAUAG